AUGAAAUUCAGGAUACUUUUAAGUUUAUCCUUGCACCAAGCAAAGGUAUGGAAUAUGCAUCGAUAUCUUUAUCAUACAGAAGGUUACAAUGCUCUUAUCUCCUUAUAUCUUCGAUGCAGUUCCCUCUUAAAACUUUUUAGAAUGUUGAUCCUAAACCCUGGAAGUGUAGAAUUGGUAUCGAGUUGUGAUAGUCAAUGCAAAUUCAAGGCACAUUAUGAGGUUGCAUAA